CACUUUCACUUCGCACUUCCUCUCUGUCUCUGCCCGACGUUGCUCACUAUGCUCUGUGCUCGCCCUCGACGAGUUCCUCGACGAAUCUCCACACGGAGUCGGGCCUCAAGUCCCUCGACGAGUUCCUCUCCGGCAAGACCUACAUCUCCGGGUAAAGCUCGUCUACAAGAAGCCGGCGAAGAAGACGACCGCAUCCCCAUCUUCGUCGGCUCGGAGGACCUCGCGUGGAACCAUGUAUCAUCCCACCAGAGGCAGCGUUCGCGGUGGCAAAGACCGAGGAGAUGCAGAGGACGAAUCUGGAGCUGGAGUCGUAUAAGGAGAAUAUAAAGGAGAAUCAAGAGAAGAUUAAGCUCAACAAGCAACUCCCUUACUUAGUCGGCAGUAUUCUACUCUUUAAUGUUUAAUGUAUGCUUCUGCUUUGGGCAGGAUGCAAGGAUAUUGAUGAUGCCCUGCACUAUACAGCCCUUUCCAAUGGAAAUUUUGAAGUUGGAGUUCGUAUCCUUAGUCUAGUACAUCAUACUUUCAUAAAAGGGGGCCUUUGACAGUUGAGGCUUUUUUGUGCAGUAGCAAAUAUGGGAAGGACAUGGAUAGAUAUGAAGAAUACAGUAAAGCAGUACCAGCAAUGUUGGUGGCUGCUUUCACUCUCUCUUUGUGACAAAGCUCAACUUGCAGGAGAAUAUGCACUUGAUAGAUUAUGUCAUUGCAAGCGAAUGGGUUCAACCUCAGUGGCUGAAAUUUUUGUUUGCCUUGCUUUAUAACCUCAGCAUCCUCUUUUACAGGAAUAAGCAAGUAGAAGAGGAGCAAGGAUUUGUAAGGAAUGGACAUGCUGAUAAAUGGGAAAGGGUUCACCAAAUUCGAGAUAAGUUUGAAUAUGAUAGAGAGAGAAUCUGUGCAAAAAGAUGGCUCCUCUUGUUACGUUACUCGCUGCAGAACCAGAGAUACAGUAUGUUGCCUUAAGAAAUAUCAACCUCAUUGUCCAAAGGCGGCCUACUAUUCUCGCCCAUGAAAUUAAGGUGUUUUUCUGCAAGUACAAUGACCCAAUUUAUGUGAAGAUGGAGAAGUUAGAAAUCAUGAUAAAGCUUGCUUCGGACAAAAAUAUUGACCAGGUUCUGCUGGAAUUCAAGGAGUGUGCUACAGAAGUAGAUGCCGAUUUUGUUAGAAAGGCAGUCCGUGCUAUUGAUCGCUGUGCAAUCAAGUUGGAGAGAGCAGUAGAGCGAUGCAUCAGUGUUUUGCUGGAGCUGAUUAAGAUUAAAGUCAAUUAUGUGGUUCAAGAAGCCAUUAUUGUUAUUAAGGACAUAUUCAGAAGAUAUCCUAACAUCUAUGAGUCCAUCAAUGCUACCCUAUGUGAGAGCUUAGACACUCUUGAUGAGCCAGAGGCCAAGGCAUCAAUGAUUUGGAUUAUUGGCGAAUAUGCAGAAAGAAUUGACAAUGCUGAUGAGCUGCUAGAGAGCUUUCUGGAGAGUUUCCCUGAAGAGCCUUCACAAGUCCAGUUGCAAUUAUUGACAGCGACUGUCAAAUUAUUUUUGCAGAAGCCAACUGAAGGCCCGCAGCAAAUGAUCCAGAUUGGUUAUCUCGAAUGCUGCAAGCAACGAGGUUUUGCAAGCUGCUUUAUCUGGGCAUGCCCUCCUCUAAAAGGGGAAGAUUACUUGUUUUAUUGUCAUCCUGAAAAUCAGAAAACACCACAUAAUCAGAAACUGCGGAAAUGGAACUAUUUUUGGCAAUUUAUGGAGAUAGAAGCUUUGGUUUGUCUCUUUCCUUCUUCGUUAUAGUUCAAAUCUAAAAAUGAAAA